AUGUCCAUUGAAAUCAUCAGUGACCACCAUACGUACCGCAGUACUGUCUCACCAGUGUCAAAGUCAAUGCAGUACAUGUGUGUCACUUCUCCAAAAAUGGAGUGGACAUGCAAACAUACCUUUCCCACCACACCACCUAGCCCACUUCUGAUACAGCAAGUCAUAGCUGAUUACUCCAAAGCCAUUCAUCCACUACAACAUGCAGAAACUGGCUGUGCAGUGUGUGGCUUAUUGACUCCAUUUUCAAGACUGUAUCCUCUGUCAACAGUAUCUCACAAAUUGCACAUCCUUGAAACAGAUGGGACAGGUGUGACAAGAAAAGAACAACAGUCAGAAUGUGAUCAUGUAGAGGAACUAAAAGGGCCUGCACUAGCCAAUGGGCUGUGGAUUGGAGAGGUACGUGUGCAGUUGCAGAACUUGACUUGGGCUGAGCGCACUCUCAUUAGCCGAGUGAACCAUAACAGAUGUGUUGUUUGGGUCAAGGGCUCUCUGCAGAGUAAAAUGAUAGCCAAUGCAGUAUGCCAUACCAUACCUAUGCCAAAGGUAUACAAUGCAUUGCCCCCUAGCCCUGAGGAGCUGGAUGAAGUCCUUGCAUACAUAUAUAUUGGCCCAACAAAACCAUUGGCCAAGGAACAUCAUUGCACUCCAUUGCUAGUGAGAUGCAAUAAAGUGGCCAAUGCUCUGGAAUGGCUCAAGCUCAAUCACAUAGACUCUGCAGACCUCACCAUAUCUUACAAGAAUUUGAACAUGUAUUCUGAGGACAGUCCUCCUGUCAUUGCAGACUAUCAUCCUGGUGAUGGAGGAAAGGAUGAAGAGGCUAAGGCUGCCAAUGACACAGAUGACAAUGAAGGCACCACUGAAGGGCCAUGUCAUUUGUUGUUGAUGGGCUGGUGGGUGAGCAAUUAUCCAAGAUGA